CCCGCCGCGAUCCCGGUCGGCGAGCACCCCGCGUCCAUGCAGCCCCGCCGGCAGCCGCCGCCCGCGCCCGGGGCCAGGGCCCCGCGCCCCGCCGGCCCGGGGCUCGCGCUGCUGUUGUGGCUCGUCCUCCAGGGGGCGGCGGCGGCCCCCGCGGGGCCCGCGGAAGAUCCCGGGGCUCCCCAGGCCGUGGGGCUCCCGCGUGGGAUCCUGCAGCAGGCGGCGCGCGCCGCGCUGCACUUCUUCAACUUCCGCGCCGCCUCGCCCAGCGCGCUGCGAGUGCUGGGCGCCGUGCACGAGGGCCGCGCGCGGGUGGACCCCCAAAAAGGAUGUAAGGUUGAGCUGGUAUUCAGCACGGAGAGCUACAACCUGGAGGCAGGUGAAGAUCAUUUGGGGAAAUGCUCGGCUCAAGUGUUUUUCAAGAACCAGAAACCCAGACCAGCCAUCAAUGUGACCUGCACGCGGCUCUUGGGGAAGGAGAAACGGCGGCAGGAGGACUACCGGCUCUACACACAGCUGAAGCAGCUGCAGAGCCCCUUCCGCGGCAGCCUGCCUGACAGUCACGGGAGAAUUGAGGCAUCGCUGCGACCCCUCUGGGACUUGGCCUUUCUUGGCAGCUCUUACGUGAUGUGGGAAAAGACAACCCAGUUUUCACAGUACUACUUGGCCCAGCUCAGGAGCGUGAACCAGUGGAAAAUGAGUGGUGACGCCGUCGAUUUUGAUUACACCGUUCUACUUCAUGAAUUCCCAACACAGGAAAUCCUGCCCUGUCGCAUUCGUUUAAUCUGGUACCCAGGCAAGCCACUGAAAGUUAAGUACCAAUGUCAGGAGCUCCAGACCCCAGAAGAAGCGUCUGGAACGGUGGAGGGAUCGGCUGUGGCACCGACAGAACUGAUUCAUCUCUAAAGAUUACAAAAUGGCCUGCUUCUACUGGAUUCUGUCUAGGACAACUCUAGCAGUGUAACUCGUUAUUCAGUAUAGGAGCUAUGGGCUAGCAGUCUGUGGUUGAGGAAACAUGUGAUGGGCAGUCGCUGGUCGGCUUCUGGCUGCCACCUGGCAGUGCGUGUCCCAGUCUCUGCCGGCCUCUGAGUAAACCAGUGGUCAACACGGCCCUUGGAGUUCAGAGCCAACAUACAAAGUCUAGCCAGCCAGCAUGUAGUUUUCAAAGUGGCUUCACCUCUGAGCUUCUCAUUAUUUUAAAGAUCGUACUGGCUUUAGGUUGCUAAAUUGCUCAGUAUAUCUAUCUCCAAGCUAGGAGCUAGAGGCUCACCCCUGUGAUCCUAGCUACUCAGGAGGCUGAGUAAUGAGACUCUUAUCUCCAA